AUGGGUGAGCUGGCAUCUAAUCGCGCCACAUUCCGGUCAAAAUUCGAAUUAGAAAAACGUCACCAUUCCCAUUCCGACUUCCGUUCCAAAGUUGUAAAAAGUCAACCCAAGAUGGAAAUGGAAUCAUCAACACCUUCAAUGGAAAUGGAAGAAAUCAUCAAACACAUGAAGCAUUUACCAAAUUAUCUUGAAAAUGGAAAACAUGAUCGAGCUUUAAGCUUUGGAGUCAUGGAUUGGAAUCGCUUACAAAAAUGGCAAGAUUUCCAAACUCAUAGACACGAAUUUGUUAAAACCAACAAAUGUUCAUCAUCUAGCAGCAAUUCCUCUUCAUUGUUUUCAACCGAUGGAUUGUCUCCUCAAUCAAGUCAAAGUCAAUGUCAAAGUCAAACCUGGUCUCCUUCUAGUCAAAAAGUCAACCGGGUAACUCUACAAUCUCAUUUCACAUCAUCUCCAAAUCAAGAUUUCAUUAUAAACAAAACCCCAGAAACAAGAAAUUCAAAUUCUUUCAAGAGUCCAGAUGUCAAAACAAGAAGUAUUUCCCCACUUCGUCGUUUUAGCUUUAGCUCAAAAUCUACGGGCCCCACUGAAAGACAUGAGUCUCCAUCUAACCGGGCCCAUUCAAGCCCAUUAAAAAGGCUAUUGGACCCGAUUUUUCCAUCAAAAAGCCAAGAAGAUUCAAGAACAAAAGCAAAACUGAAACUCGAUUUCAAGGAAAUUAGGGUUGAUGAUGUCGUGCCAUCAUCAUCAUCAUCAUCAACAACAACAAGAAGAAAACAAGCUCUUUUUCAAACAACCAUUAAAAACGAUCGUCUUUUAUUCACAUUUGCAGUUGAAAGCAACGACAUUCUUGCAGCCACGUUGACCAGUUUGACUUCUUCGGGAAAAUCCAAUAAUGGGAACUCGAUCUAUACGUUUUUCACAGUUCACGAGGUUAAGAAAAAAAACGUUAAAUGGUUAUCACAUGGGACAAAAAGCAAAGAUUACGGUUAUGUCCCUAAUGUAACAGCUCAAAUGAAGGUUUUGAGUUCAUCAAAAAGUCAGGAGUUUGUUUUAUUCUCUGUGAAUUCGAAUGUCCAACCACAAGAAGAAUUGGAAGCCAUUGUUGUGAAGCUUUCAAGAAAUCAAGAAAAGUUUAACACAACGGUUGUCCUACCUGGCGGGACCCAUGGUGUUCCAAGUAAAGGAGAGCCUUCAUCGUUGACUGACAGGUGGCGGUCUGGCGGGGUAUGUGACUGCGGUGGUUGGGAUGAGGGGUGCAAAUUGAAAAUUCUUACUAACCGGAACACUAGUGCACAGUUUGAGCUUUUUGUUCAGGGUGAAAUUGGGGAGAAGAAACCGAUGUUUAAUUUGUCUCCAUUGAAGGAAGAAAAAUGUCACGAAAUAUACAACUCAGAACACAUUGUCAUGAGGGCGUUCCGGUAA